UUUCAUUCAGACGGCGUCACAACUUGUCUAUUAAAAAACCACAACCCGUUGAGUACCUUCGAAAAACAAUGACGGACCCUUUUGUAAUUAAUGAGUACUUCACAAUUCUUGAAGAAACGCAUUCGAAUUUGAAGCUUAAUGAUCCGAACAGGAUCUGGAACUUGGACGAAACUUCUGUUUCACUGGAUCCUACGAAAACCAAAGUUGUUGGCGGUAUCGGUUUACCAUGUACUAGAACCACUGCCGGUACUGGCAGAGAAAAUAUUUCAAUUUUAACAACCGUGAAUGCAGCUGGAAUGAAACUUUCCCCUUUGAUCGUAUACAAAGGGAAAAAUGUUUACAAAGAAUGGAUGGCGGAGUCUAAAGAUGAAUAUGACUUUGAAAUUGCUUAUGCCGCAAGCAAACGCGGCUGGAUGGAAACGGAAAUAUUUUACAAUUAUAUGGAAAAGAUUGUUAUUCCCGGCUUUGGUACACAAAGACCGGUACUGAUGGUAUAUGAUGGACAUAGUACACACGUCGAUGAAAAAGUCGUUUCAUUGGCUGCGGCAAAUGAUGUCACAAUUCUGAAAUUGCCCCCACACACAUCGCAAUCUUUUACAGCCACUAGACUUAGCUGUAUUUAAAUCACUAAAGAGCAAAUGGGAUCAAAAACUCGUUCACUGGCAACGGCAAAAUGUUGGAUCUAAAAUACGGAAACAAGAGUUCGCAGAAAUGUUUGCAGAGACGUGGCAUCAAACAACGUCGACGGUGAUUCAAAAUGGAUUUAAAAAGGGAGGAAUUUACCCAUUUAAUUCGAAUGUUAUUAAAAAUGAAAAAUAUGACCCAAAUGCUUUGAAAAGAUGGCAAACAUUUAAAGCACAAAACGAAAAAAAAUCUCCGCUAUCUUUGAAACAGUUGUGUACUGCCGCUAUAAACGAUGCGAUGUUCAACAUAACAUCUGAUUUAACUGUUCAGAAUAUUGCCAUCUGCAGCUCCAACAGUAAUGACACUGCGUCGAAUGAAUCAACAACUGCAUCGAUAAAUGUACAGUUUGAGGAGUUACUAUUAAAGAAAAUCACACAAAAGUUUAUGUCAUAAAACGUUUAAUAUAUUUUUUUUCGUGUCUAAUUAAGUAAUUAUCUAUGAAUCUCGUAGGUAAAACAAGGAAUAGGAAGUAAAAGUAAAAAUCUCUUCCGUUAAAGGCGCCAGUAGGGGGAAGUCCCUUAGCGCCGGACGGCAUCUAUUGCCGGACACUGUUACUAUUACGACAAGUAUAAACCUGUUCGAUUCAUAGUACAAGUGAAAGGGGUGCGGGGGGCACAUAGCACUAGGAUCACGCGCCGCGGCUCGCCAGUGACGCGCCGAACGCCGGUGAGAGCGGGCGGUUGCUGUUAUUGGCGGGAAAUCACGGCGUCACCUAAUAUUCGAGUAUAGAAGAAAGAAGAAAAUCAAUAUGGAAGAGAAGAAAAAGAAAGGAUCGUGGGAGCCUGCGAACUUACAAACUGCUAUUGAUAAGGUUAUAUCCAAAGAACUGAGUAUAAGACAAGCUGCGCUGCGAUACAAUGUUCCUAAAAGUACCAUACAUGACAAAAUAAAGGCCUUAAAUCGAGGAGAAGAAGUAACGAUGAUACCAAAGUUGGGUAACUUCACUAAGACCUUCUCAGCAGAGUAUGAACAAGUCUUGGUGGACCACGUUAAGGACUUAUCUAACAGAUGUAUGCCGCUCACAAAAAUCGAGUUUUUGAAGUUAGCCUUCGACUUAGCUGAACGCAUGAACAUUCCUCAUCGAUUUAAUAAAGAGAAAGGCAGUGCUGGUAAGCAUUUUUAUUAUAACUUUAUGAACAGGCAUACUGACAUUUCGCUGAGAGCACCAGAAUCGACAAGCAUGAUGCGCGCUGUUGGUUUUAACAAACCUCAAGUGGAUCUAUUCUACGAUAAUGUUGAAAAACUGAUGACACAGUUCAAAUUCCCACCCUCAAGAAUUUAUAACUGUGAUGAAACUGGUGUCAGUUGUGUACACAAACAUCAAAAAGUUCUCGCUCCAAAAACCAUCUGGCAAGUAGGAAAGCUCACUUCGGCUGAGAGGGGCAAAAACAUCACAGUUUUGUUUUGCAUGAGUGCUAACGGUCACUACAUACCGCCUUUUUUUGUCUUUCCUAGACAAAGAAUGAAUGAAAGGCUUAUGAUGAAUGCGCCAGCUGAAAGCAUAGGUGUGGCUCAACCAAAAGGGUGGAUGAACAGCGACUUUUUUUUGCAAUAUCCGACAGUAAUUGUCAAGCACACGCAACCCACCAAAGAUAACCCAGUGCUUCUUCUAGUGGAUGGUCAUUGCAGUCACAAAUCACUGGCGGUAAUAAUGUUUUGCAGAGAAAACCAUAUCCACUUGAUAAGCUCACCACCACAGACUACACAUAAGCUCCAGCCUCUUGACAGGACAUUUAUGAAGCCCUUUAAAGAUGCAUACAACCAAAGGUGUGACGUGUGGAUGAGAACGAAUGCUGGAUGUCGGAUAACGGAUUAUGAUAUUGCUGGUUUAGUUAAUGAAGCAUUUACAAAAGUAGCUCGACUGGAUAUUUCAGUAUCCGGCUUUAAAUGCACUGGAAUCUAUCCAUUCAACAGACAUACGCUUUCAGAUCUGGAAUUUUUAGCUGCAGAUAUGACCAAUAUACCACGAGAACAAACAGAAACGUUGUCGAAUACAUUAGAUAAUGAACAAGCUGCCGUGUUACAGAACUCAGUCGAAGAACAGCCCGGAACUUCCUCGAGCACACAAAACAUUGAAGGAGAUGUUGUCUCGCCUGACUCAGCUCUCGCUAGUGGAUCUGUUUCGCACAUUCCAGACACCAUCCAAUCCAUACAAAUACCAAGUAAUCGAGUUGCAGAUGACUGUCUGAAUAUAUCUAGGCAUUCUGUCAGUGAGCCCAUAACCACAAGUCCUAAGCCGUCAACAAGUUCUGCUCCAGAUCUUAUUCAGAUAAUCCAUAACUUACCUAUUAAUUAGAAAGGCUUUACCGGUAGAAAUUAGCAGUUUUAUUUCCUAUCAAAAAGUAUUAAAUUGCUUAUAAAGUAUCUGUAAAAAACACA